AUGCUUCCAGACAACUGUCCUUCAUCCACAGCGAAGGUCACCAUGGUAGACGGCGGUGUCAGACUCAUGCGUCGGCUGUUGGAAGACCCCAACUGGUCGGUUUUUAGCAGACCUCUGGAGCCAGAAGUACACCAGACCCGAGUCUCUCCUGGGUUCUAUUCUAUUGUACCAUUAGCCAAGGACAAGAAGGCCGAGGGUGAGGGUAAAAAGAAUCCCCCGCUCAAGGUCGGCAAGCAGACGGUUGUCAGCGCAGGACCAGUGAUGAUGCACAAUUGGCAGAAUCCAGAAGCACCAGAAGCACCCAGCAUUGUCGUCUGGGAUGAUUAUGGAGUCUCUGAAGCAAACAUGAACGACUACAUCUACAAUCUGGACCAAAACAACCCAACAUCAAAGGUGCUUCUCUACCAGAUGCAUGCCCCUCUUUGUAAGGGAGUUCUCUGGGAGGAUUUCCGGCCAUUCAAGAAGAGCAUUGCCAAAAGUAGACACCUCCCGAAAGUCUUGGUCGUGAUCGAAAUGGACGACCUUCGUGCUCAGGGAUUUAAUAUUUCUCGUGGCAUAUCGUGGGAGAAAACUAUGGAGGAUUUCCGAGGCAACGUCAGUGGAAUUCUGAACGAGCUGAAGCUCCCGUGGUACAUGCAUCUGAUUGUGCACUGUGGCUACGAAGCUGCAAUCUAUGUGGCAGAGCGGCCUGAACAAGAUGCAGAAGUCCCGCCACCGACCAAAUUUGUUACCUACAUGGUUCCAAACAUGGCAGAGGGUCAAAUCCUUCGUCCCUACAACGGAUCUAUGCCAGGCAUUGACAUUGCUUUUGUCACUGGGUUGGCUGCAUCACUGGUCAAGGAGUCUAAUAGCGCCCUGGACAAUCUGGAGCCUGUGACUGUAGGACAGGCCAUUGAGGUCGCCAUCGCCCGGUCCCAUCGAUUUGCAUUGUCCGGAUUCCUCCCAGAUGCUAAUGGUGCCAUCGACUAUCCGAAGGCCCAGGACGUCACCAAUGCUGAACUCCCCAGACCUGGGAUCGUUCAUAUCGACAGCAACUGGUUCAAGAACGACGAUGAUGGAAAAUGGUCUCUUUUUAGUCUUGCUGAGACGUGGAAGGAACACGUUGCUGCUGAGACGGUCAAGACAGGCACAAAGUUCAUCGAAGCAUUCGUGCCCACUGCUGAGUAUGGUUCUCUGGUGACAGCAGACAGAUCUGAGAUUGAAGGCUUUCGAUCUGCUGAAAUUGUCAUUAAGCAAUACAUCGAUGGCGAUGUGCAAAAGCCAUUAUCGAUCGCCGUAUUUGGCCAGCCUGGCUCCGGCAAAUCCUUCGGUGUGAAGAAGGUCAUCGAGGCAGUCAUUAAUGACAAGAAGCAAAAGCCAAUUGAAGCCAAUCUCUCUCAAUUUGUCGACUACAAAGACUUGUUGAAUAUCUUUGAUAGCAUCAGGGAUAUGUCGUCGAAAGGUAAUCAUGUCCCCGUUGUGCUCUUUGACGAGUUUGAUUCUCCUCUUGGCAGCAAAGCUUUGGGCUGGUUGAAGUACUUCCUGGCCCCCAUGCAGGAUAACCAAUACCUCCACAAGGGCACGAUGCGAUCUCUGGGACGUGCCAUCUUUGUAUUCAUUGGAGGUACUUCGAGCUCCUUUGAGGAGUUCAGUCAAGUCGGAGGGGUCAUCCGCCAAGUCCAGGCACCCGCUCAAGCACCCGUUGAAGGUGUUGUUGGAGGAGACAACGCUGGUGACCGAGAUGAGAUGGAACAAUAUGAGAAGCAGGCAAAGAAACCUGACUUCAUUAGUCGACUCAGCGCGCACAUUAAUGUUGCAGGCCCCAACCCGCCCAAGCCAGGUAACCCGGCUGUUAACGUCAAUGACGACAAGAUGGUUAUCAUGCGACGAGCUAUGCUACUUCGCAGUUUGCUUGAAACGCGCCUCGAUAUGAAGAAGAAGGCAAUCCAAGUCGAUGAGACGCUUCUCAUGGCUCUGUUGAAGCAUGAAAGAUUCCCUCACGGCAGUCGAUCACUGGAGCUUAUCUUGCAAUCUAGCAGGGUGUCCAGUGGCCAGAAGCUUCAGCCUUCGGCUCUACCUCCGGACAGCCAGCUGGCAAUGCAUUUGAACCUUAUAGAAUACAAGGCGGCGAUGAGUAACAAGCUCCAUGAAACUGAGCUUCGCCCUUAUGACGUUAUCCUGUAUAACAAGCUCAGGUGGGCUGCCUGGGCGCGGGAUAGGCUGCUGAGAGGUGAAGUAGCAGGCUAA